GGGGAAAAGCCCGGCGGGGUACAAUUUUACGGUUCAGUGCAGUGCACGGUAAUUGCACGGUAGACAAGUUCGUAGGGCGUAAAAAUAAAUUAGCUUGCAUUGCAGCGGUACCCCCGAAGUGGGAUUCAUCGCGGAGGCAGUUUUGUAGAAUUGAUCAAAACACUGCACAACAUUGAGGCAAGCGAAUCAUGUACCAGAGUGCUUGCAGUGCAGCCGCCGGUGGUUGCUCGGAACCAGAGCGCCAUGACCGGGAUGGACUGAUAACGCACGAAACGGCUGUCGCUCCGGUGGAACACGAUUACAGUGGGUUCGAUAUCGUGAAAGCAACACAGUACGGUGCGAUAGCACGCGUGAAAGAGCUCAUUGAGGCAGGUUGGGAUGUGAACCAGCCGGACAGCGAGACUGUAACCCUGUUGCAUUGGGCCGCGAUCAAUAAUCGUAAAGAUAUCAUCAAAUAUUUCCUCGACAAGGGUGCGAUAGUGGAUGCGGUCGGGGGCGAACUGAAUGCAACUCCGCUUCAUUGGGCCACACGACAGGGUCAUCUUGGUGCGGUGGUACUGCUGCUGGCGGCUGGAGCAGAUCCGAGCCUUCGCGAUGCGGAGGGCUGUUCGUGUAUUCAUCUAGCGGCCCAGUUCGGACACACGGCACUGGUGGCGUACUUUAUAGCGCGAGGCGUGAAUCCCGACUUGCAAGAUCGUGGUGGCAUGACGGCCCUAAUGUGGGCUGCCUGGAAAAUAUCCGCCUUGGAUCCGGUCCGAUUGCUACUAACGUUGGGUGCUAACCCAAGCCUAGCCGACCACACGCACGGCAAUACGGCACUGCACUGGGCCAUCCUUGCGCGUAACGCAACCGCCAUCAGUACGCUUGUGCUGAAGGGUAAGGCAAACAUGGAGGUGCCGAACUUGCGAGGUGACACUCCGCUCACGAUGCUCCAGCCGCACCUGGGUUCGAUCUGGAUCGGUACGAAGGUGUCCGAUCGGAUCCGGGAACUCACGCAGCAAUCGCACCGUCGGAACCUGCUCGUACGCAUGACGCUCGACAAACGGUUCCGCUGGUGGAGCAUGAUAGCGACACCGUUUCUGGUAUUUUACCUGGUUGGGUUAGUGUUCUGUGCCGACACGCAGAUCAUCAUCAAAAUUUUCCUGCUCGCCUGUCUGUACAGUGUGUCGUACACGAUUGGGCAGCAUCUGUUCGACGAGAACCUGAUGGCGCUGUUGCCGCUGAGCGUGUAUAUGGCCACCAAGCUGUGGUUCUACGUUACCUGGCUGACGUACAUCGCACCAACCGUGUCGUUCCUAGCUUCGAUGGCGUUCCUUGCCUGCAGUGCGGCAUUGUGGGUUUGUUUCCUGAAAUCUUGGCGCGGUAAUCCUGGUGUCAUACAACCGACACAGGAACAACGGUUUAGGACCAUCAUUGAACUUUCGGAACGCGGUGCAAGUGGAUUUGAACCUUCGGCCUUCUGUUCAGCCUGUCUGGUCCGGCGACCGGUACGCUCGAAGCACUGUUCCGUGUGCGAUCGAUGUGUCGCCCGGUUCGAUCACCAUUGUCCGUGGGUGGGCAAUUGUAUCGGUGCUAAAAAUCACAAAUAUUUUAUGGGAUUCUUGUGGAUGCUUCUGAUCAUGUGUGGCUGGAUGCUGUAUGGAGGCUCUAAUUUCUACGUACAAACGUGCUCUAUCAACAUGGACGAUGUAAUUAAACGUUAUCUACCGUUAGGUUUGUGGUCCGCACUUCAGGCGAUUGGUUCCUGCAAUCCUUGGGUCGGUUGGGUAAUGGGCAAUGCCCUGCUGCACAUGUCCUGGGUCACGGUGUUGACCAUCUGUCAGAGCUAUCAGGUCGUGUGUCUUGGUAUGACAACCAACGAGCGUCUGAACCGUGGCCGGUACCGUCACUUCCAGGCCAAGGGUGGAAAGAGUCCAUUCAACCGGGGUCCGCUGAAAAAUUUGUUCGAUUUCCUCGAGUGCAGCUGUUUCGGGCUGGUGCAACCGCAGCGUACCGAUUGGAUGCAGUUCUUCGAGUUCGACAAGCACGUUGAACACGAACCAUUGCUACGACCCGACAACUUUCAGUACGUCUGAGUUCUGGCCGGUGACGCGCAAAACCAACGAGCAGGACCGCAAUCGACGGCAGCCGUCGAACCCGCCGACCGGCAACCAGCACCGGAAGCGUCCACCGAACCCGGAGCGCGAGCUGGCAACGUUGCUGAGGAACGAAACCGUCAGCACAAUGUUAAAGUGUGGCAGAAAAUCGAAACUGUACUAGCAGCGCCAGCGAACAGGGUGGCCGAAGUGUAAUGACAGUGGUCGGGCAGCACGACAUGGUUUACCUGACCUAUUGCGAAUAACUCCGUUUUGCUUUCCUUGUUUUUUUUUUCUUGCAAAACAGCGAAACAUUGUGGUCUGUUGGAUCGGUUCGCACAGAACUCGUGUUGUAGUUUGUUCAGAGACUAAGUUCUAUAAGUCAAGACCCCGGGAUGGGUGCAUUUAUCAAGCACAGUUGCUUGUUUCGCUUCACAUUAGUCCAUCGUGGCGUAAGAUUCGUUUUGGCGCUAUAGGCGAAGGGUCAAUUUUAGCGCCAGUAUUCGUAUCGAUUUCCUAUAAUUUUAAACAUUGUACGCAAGUAAGAGUAAAAGUGAAAGGCUUUAGAUAGGAGUUAAGAUGAUUACGGGGAAAAAAACACCGUGUAAGAAACGCUUAAAGUGAACAGAACAAAACCGAUGAAUACAUAUAAAAACACACAUAGCAUACCAAUGAAAAUCACGCUAUAAACGAAACAAAUGUUUCAGUUUUGGCUUACGGCCGAUUAUACAUAGAAAUGGAGGACUAAAUGGAAAAGAAUGAAAGCAGAACACACAAAUUAGUAGCAGCUAAGAAGAUAAACUAAUUACACUAACCUGAACUAAAGUGAACGACGGGUCUCGCGAAAAGAACCGAACGAGUCGAACUUGUAGAACCACCCAAAAACAUACACACCAAUGCAUAAACGAUGGAAUAGUAGAAUGAUGAUCGCAUCACGCGUACAAAGCUCCAAUUCAUUCCAUGAUCAUGGAAACAGAAAUGUGUGAACAAACUGUUGUAAAUGAACAAAAGAAUUUGCAUCGCUUACAAUUCGCGGUGUUGAUCACAUAACAUUAGCACUUAGCGGUAAUCAGUAAGGCUCUUUGGAACGAUUGUAUGUAUUAAACUGAAUCAAAAUCGAUUUCAUUGCAUUACCCUGUCUCACGAAACGGCAUUUAAAGCCCGGUGUAUAAAAACGAUUCAUUUUGAUCUGCCCGUUUGCAUCCUAUGCAAAUGCAAGGCAAAGGAUAUGUGACACGGAUGUCGAACAAAUCGAUUCAGGUGCAUCAAGCAAUAGCGUUACAUAGUUUUACUUCUUCUCCCAAACACAUAUGAACUAUUUAACAAAUACGUGUAGAUAGUGUUUAAAAAAAACUUCGUCAGUGCUGAAUUCGGCAGGCAAAUGUUGUUAUGCAAAAGUAGACACAGAAAGGAUUCGUUGAGCGCGUGUGU